CCAAUCGACUUGUCUCAGCAGCAGAUGCUAAGGGGCAUAAACAGGCCCAGGACUGCGCUCAUUUUCAACGUAUAACAGAAAUUUAUUGAUUUCAUGCCACGAGAAGAACGAUAACCCAACCCAAGAAAACAACAUUUAUCGCCACCAGCACACAAACCUCUGGCAAUUGCUUUUCUUCUGCUCUCUUCCCAUCGGCAACUCCUCUCCCUCUCUCUUUCUGAAUGUGUUUCUUUUGGCGGGAGGUGGGACCAUCUCGAUCAAAAUCUCGUCUUUCGCAAGUCUCUUUCUCAUAAAUCCUUCACACCCAACCGUCUCCCUACGAGCCGGCUCCUCCUCCUCCACCCUCACUCCCUUUUCCUUCUCCUUCUCCUGCUUUCUUUUUCACUGUGAGUAUCUCUCUCAUUUUCUACUUUCACUUCUCCUCUAAGGCUCUAACUAAGUACUCCACAAAAUCCCACUAAGAAACAAGUCACGAAGAACAUGGGAAAGGACCUCUCUUUAGCACUGCUCUGUUUCUGUUUCUUCUUCUUUUAUUUCCUAACCACCAAACUAACUCUUUCUCUUUGUCCUGAUGGCCUCUCCCUUCUCUCUUUAAAAUCCGCCGUCGACCAACCUUCUUGGGAUUCCCCUUUCGCCGACUGGAAUGAUGAAGACCCCACCCCUUGCCUCUGGACUGGCAUUUCCUGCAUGAACGUAUCCGGAUUCCCCCACCCACGUGUCGUCGGAAUCUCUAUCACCAGUCAGAAUCUACGCGGGUAUAUCCCUUCUGAGCUGGGAAAUCUAGUUUAUCUCCGGCGACUCAAUCUUCAUAAUAAUAACUUUUAUGGGUCGAUCCCGGCUGAGCUCUUUAACGCCACUGCACUUCACAGCCUCAUCCUUUACGGUAAUAAUCUUUCAGGUCCUCUUCCUCUCUCGAUCUGCAACCUCCCGAGACUCCAAAACCUCGAUCUUGCAAACAAUUCUCUCUCGGGUCCUUUACCGGAGGACUUAAACAAUUGCAACCAGUUGCAGAGGCUGAUUUUAGCGCGAAAUAAAUUCUCCGGUGAAAUUCCGGCGGGAAUUUGGCCAGAAUUGGACAAUUUAGUUCAGCUUGAUCUUUCUUCUAACGAGUUCAAUGGAUCGAUACCCAAUGAUCUUGGCGAACUCAAGUCUCUGUCUAAUACCUUGAAUCUCUCUUUCAAUCAAUUAUCUGGUAGAAUCCCAAAAUCUCUGGGAAAUUUACCCGUCACCGUGAGUUUUGAUCUGCGAAACAAUAAUUUAACAGGCGAAAUACCUCAAACAGGGUCUUUUGCUAACCAAGGACCAACUGCUUUCCUGAACAAUCCUCUGUUAUGCGGGUUCCCUCUCCAGAAAUCGUGUAAGGACUUUACAGAGAGCUCACCAGCGAGGCAUAAUUCGACACCAGAAUCCCGUGAUAACCCUAAGAAAGGCUUAAGUUCUGGGUUGAUCAUACUUGUAUCAGUAGCUGACGCAGCUGUUGUAGCGUUCAUUGGUCUAGUAAUAGUCUAUGUCUACUGGAAAAAGAAAGAUGAUUCUAAUAUCUGUAGUUGCACAGGGAAGACCAAACUUGGCGGGAACGAAAUAUCGCGUGCCUGCGGGCUCUGUUCCUGCGUCAAUGACUUCGGAAAUGAGGACUCGGAGUCAGAAGAUGUAGAGGAAGCAGAGAGAGGAGAAGGAGAAGGUGAGCUGGUGGCAAUUGACAAAGGUUUUAGCUUUGAGCUUGACGAGCUGCUUCGAGCUUCAGCUUAUGUGUUGGGGAAAAGUGGAUUGGGAAUCGUAUAUAAGGUGGUGCUCGGAAAUGGGGUUCCGGUGGCAGUGAGGAGGCUCGGCGAGGGAGGAGAGCAGAGGUAUAAAGAGUUUGUGGCUGAAGUGCAGGCUAUUGGGAAGGUUAAGCAUCCAAAUAUAGUGAAAUUAAGAGCUUACUAUUGGGCUCCUGAUGAGAAGCUUCUUAUCAGUGAUUUCAUCCCCAAUGGCAACUUGGCUAAUGCUCUUCGAGGGAGAAGUGGUCAGCCAUCACCGAGUCUCUCAUGGGCAACCAGGCUGAAAAUUGCCAAGGCAACAGCCAAGGGCUUAGCCUACCUUCAUGAAUGCAGUCCAAGAAAAUUCGUCCACGGGAGCAUCAAACCAUCCAACAUCCUCCUCGACAAUGAGUACCAGGCUUAUAUUUCUGAUUUUGGCCUUAGCAGACUAAUCAAUAUCACUGGGAACAAUCCUUCUUCCUCAGGUGGCUUUAUUGGUGGAGCUCUACCUUACUUAAAGUCGGUCCAUACUGAGCGAAUCAACAAUUAUCGGGCCCCAGAAGCUCUUGUUCCUGGCAGUAGACCAACCCAGAAAUUGGAUGUUUAUUCGUUUGGAGUUGUCUUGCUAGAAUUGCUGACGGGGAAAUCUCCUGAAAUUUCACCAACCUCAACUUCUAUGGAAGUUCAAGACCUAGUGAGGUGGGUAAGGAAAGCUUUUGAAGAAGAGGACCCAUUAUUGGAUAUGGUAGAUCCAGUGUUGGUCCAAGAAGUCCAUGCCAAGAAGGAGGUGCUAGCAAUUUUCCAUGUUGCCCUUGCUUGCACAGAAUUAGACCCUGAGGUUCGACCCAGGAUGAAAAAUGUCUCUGAAAAUCUUGAGAGGAUUGGGAAAUAGAAGGAGACAAAAGAAAGAAAGCUUUUCUUUAAUUCCAGCAACAAGCUCUUGAAUUUGCAAAUUGUAAUGGGCUCUCCUGUCUUGCAAGGUGAAAUUUUUUGAGAGGUUGAGGUAGCUUAAGCCAUAAAGAUCGCUUCAGGCCUUCAGCCAUCCAAUCAACUCGGGUCCAAAUUUUUUGGAGUCCAGCAAGUUUUCUGAUAACAUAAUUGGGUUAUUCGGCAUACAUUUCCUUUGUGGGGUAAGCAGCUUGUAUUUGUAAUUUAAAUUUCCAUCCCAUUCCGAUGGGAUGUGUUGAAAUAAAAUGUCAUUCCACUUCUC